UGCGGCGCCGCGGCUGGAGCGAACCCCUGUCCCGGCGAGGGGCGGCGGCGGGCGGCCGGCAGGCACUGCCUUGCGUGUGAGUGCACCUCACUCACAUAGCCUAAACCAAGGAGCGCCUGAGGGUAACAGCAAACUCGUGCCAUCGCGCCUCUGCACUUUUCUGUUUUGAGUUGUUUGACAUUUCUUGGUGCUUUUUGAUUUCUCGCUGUUGUUGGGUGCUUUUUGGUUUGUUCUCGCCCCUUUUUCGUUUGUUCAUCCUUUUUGGCGCUAACUCUUAGGCAGCCAGCCCGAAGCCCGGCAGCCGCGCUCUGCGGCCCCGGGACAGCGCAGGCGGGGAUCGCAGCCGACUCCCCCGACACGGGGCGCACGGGGUCCGGCCAGCCCGAGGCCGGGGGCAAGCAGGGCGCCCGGGCCAGGCGAGAGCCAGGCACCCCGAGGUGGCCAAGCCACCAUGCUGAAGAUGGUCAUGAAGAUCAAAGCUCGAAUGUCGGAGAGCGAGAGGAAGACGGCGGCGGCUGCGGCCGAGGUUGCUGCCGAAGCUGCGGCGGUGGCUGCAGCGCUGGCCGAGCCCCACGCGCCGCAGAAGAAAGGGGACGCCGAGAAGCCCCCCAAGAAGCCGGCGCGAGACGCGCCCCCCGAGAAAGAGAAGUUCCUCACCGAAAAGGAGCAGAGGAAGAUCGAGAAGAAGCUGCUGGAGCAGAGAAGAAAAGAAGAGAAGAAGAAGGAGAAGGAGAGGAAGAAGUUGGAGAAGAUGCAGAAGAAGAAGAAGAAGAAGAAGGUGCCCGAAGCCCCGGAGGAGGCCCGAGGCCCGGGGGUCGCCGCCGCCGCCGCCGCCGCCGCCGCCGAGGGCGCCGCGGAGGGCGCCGACGGGGGCGGCGUGGGCGCCGGCACCGUGGGCAUGAGUAGGAUCUGGGUCGAGUGGGAAACGGACUCGGACUCGAGCGACGAGGACGAGGACGACGACGAGGACGACGACGACGACGACGACAUCUCCGACGCCUUUCCAGGCUUCAGGGGCACCUCGUGGGGGUCCGGGCUGCUCAAGAUCGGCGGGCUGAGCUCCCACCUGCCACUCCUGGCCUUCCUCGUGUUCUCCGUGCGCAGCCCCGCGUGGGUGCUCGACUUCCUGCUGCAGAAGCGCCCGGAGCAGGGCCGCGGCUGCGGCUUCUUUUUUGGGGCGACCUGCUGCUUCCGAAUGUUCCUGGGCUGCGCCUUCUUCUCCUUCUUGGGCGGCCGGGCCAAGCGCAAAGGCCGCGGGCGCACCGGGGCCUCGGGUGCCUUCGGCUCGGGCCAUGGCGCCCGGCGCCGGGGGCUCGACGAGCGGCUCGUCUAGUCAGACCCCCCGCCCCCUCCCCCGCCACCGCCACCAGACACCACCAUCGCUGUGUAGUGUGGAGUUUUAUUGAGCAUUUGUGUGUGUGUUUGGACACAUUUUCCUUUUCGGUUGCUCUGUCCUUUGGUUCGUGCUCGCCUCGCUUUUUCCACACUCCCUGCUCUCUGGCUCUCUCUGUGUCUCUCUCUUCUUUUCGAAAAUUUUCCUAAGUCCGGGCUCGGGCUCGCGCUCCCUCCCCUUCCGCCCACCCCGGCCCCUCGGCGGCGCCCGCGGGAGGUGGGGGGGGGGGGCCUCGGCCUCGGGGGCCGCCGGGCGACGCGGCCCGGGGGGUGGAGCGUUGGCGUCGUGCGAGGGGUCGUCACCGGCUCGGAGACGCCCCCUCUCCCCCCCGCGGCCGGCCCCGUUUGGGGCCCGAGCCAGGGGGGUGAGGGGGCGUCUCCCAGGCCUGUCCCGUCCCGGGCCGGGCGCAGGCGGAGGGACCCCCCUCCCCGGAUACCGGGGGGGCGCCUCCCUCCG